UCUCGGGAAUACAGACGUGCCAGUGCCUACACAAACGUCAGACCACGAUCUUCAGGGAAUACGGAGAAUACUGAUAAAAGCUGCUAUUUAUAGUUCUUUAAUUACAUGUCUAUGCCCAGUAAUAAAAAUAAAAAUUGUAAUUGUGAAACAAUAUGUACGUGGAAAUUCCAAAGUUUGAAAGAUGUUGUUGUUGUGUGCCUCUGCGUUGUGGGAUUAUAAUUUUAGGAUAUUUAAGUUUGGGUUUCGCUCUAUUUGUCCUCAGCGUGGACGUAUAUUUCAGCGAAGGCUUCGAUCUGUCAACGCACACGUACGGCGUCUACCGAGGCACCGAUUUCUUCGCCGAACGAUGGCUCUUCUUCGUCAUGUACUGUGUGGAGAUCGCCUUUAUCGUGGUUUUGCUGAUUGGGGUUCAUACGAGAAACUCUCGGCUAAUGCUGGUGUACUACUACUAUGGGAUCACAACAACCCUGGCGUCGUUGGUUACAUUUAUUUUUCUGAACGUCCAGGAGCUCCAUACCCGCAUACCACUGUACUUAAUAGACAUCUCCAUUAUCUUCAGUGCUAUCGUGACCCAGUCGUACCUGCUUUUACUAAUUCGCAGCGAGCUAGAAAAACCGCGUGAGUCCCUUCGGUUCGUCAACCACCUCGCUGAGGUCUGCGUGCAGCAACCGGCAACCAAUGGCCUGAAUGGUUUCGCUCUAUUUGCCCUCAGCAUGGACGUACAUUUCAGCCAAGGCUUCGAUCUGUCGACGCACACUUUCGGCGUCUACCGAGGCAGCGCUUUCUUCGCCGAACGAUGGCUCUUCUUCGUCAUGUACUGUGUGGAGAUCGCUUUUAUCGUAGUCUUGCUGAUUGGGGUUCAUAUGAGAAACUCUCGGCUAAUGCUGGUGUACUACUACUAUGGGAUCACAACGACCCUGGCGUCGUUGGCUACAUUUAUGUUUGUGAACGUCCAAGAGUUCCAUGCUCACUUACCGCUGUACUUAAUAGACAUCACCAUUAUCUUCAGUGCUAUCGUGACCCAGUCGUACCUGCUUUUACUAAUUCGCAGCGAGCUAGAAAAACCGCGUGAGUCCCUUCGGUUCGUCAACCACCUCGCUGAGGUCUGCGUGCAGCAACCGGCAACCAACGGCCUGAAUCCUUUAUAACUUUACGUAUGCUGUAUAUCCGCUUUAUAGACUGUAUGUUCAUUUUUACGCACUUUAUAC